AUGCCGCCUCCCGCGCAUCCUCCCCCAGAGCCACCUUUGUCUGCGAUAUCGGGCCCGUCGUUGUCGCCUACGCCGCCGAUACCUACCACGCCUUCGUCUCCUAUCAGCGAACCACAGCAUGCACGCAUCCAACCCGCAACACCGGCCCAGAUGUUUAAGCUCGGUAGGUUAGCGGUUGGAAACAAUAUACCAUCGCAGUCGAGCGCCCACGGCGGCAAUGGUGUGUCAAAACAAAAAGAGGGAAAGCCUGUAACGCGAUCAAGUACAGGCGCCACGUCAUCGAAAGCCAAAACCGCGGACAAAGCGGCCGGCACCCAGCUCAUCAGCCCCGCGCUGAAGCCUAUCCGACCAGCGGGCGGCGGAGUCGUCACGCCCGUAGCUGCCUCACCAAGCACCCCAUUCAUGCCCCCGCAGAUCCGCAAGUCGUCACACAAGGCCGCAGAGCAGAAGCGGCGCGACUCACUCAAGACCUCGUUCGAUGACCUCCGCAUCCUCCUCCCGCCUAUUCCCCUUCCGUCUGAAGAUGGCUAUCCAGACGAGCCGAUUCUUCCGGGCGCCAUGCCUCCCCGCGGCCCACCCAAGGGUAACGUCGAAGGCCCGAACCGUGGCGUGAGCAAGCUGCAGUUGCUCCGGUGCGGCAACGAGUACAUCAAAGUACUCAAAAGCCGCGUGGACCGCCGCGACGAGGAGAUCGCGCGCCUCCGCGAGGAGAUUCGCCGUCUGCGUCUCGUCGUGGGUGACGAGGCGGCCGCGCCGCCCGAUGGCCAGGAGAUGAUUGAUCUGGAGCGGGACUUGGACGCUUGUGAGAUAUCGCAGGGCGCGUUUGCUCGGGCUAUUGCGGGUAGCGGCCUGCGGGGGUCCUCGGUCGCUGAAGGCGAUAUAGACGAGGAUGACUAG